UCUCCCUGAUAUUCUGUCCCAUCCUGGGACUAAACAUGUGCUGUGUCUUUAAAUGGGCGGAAGUGGCUGGCAGUGCUUUGCUUGGGUACUGCAUUGAUUAGGAGAUUAUAUGGAGCUGCGGGAGCUGCUGCCUGGGGGAAGAGAGGUGCAGGUUCUGCUAGGUUUGUGCUCUCCUCCCAGACUCUCCUUGGCUUCCUUCCCCAAGGCGGUUCGGAGCUGGUAUGAGGUGAGGGUGGGGGGCAGCCGGCCAGCCUGGCUGUUGACGGCAACUCCAGGGCUUGUUUCUCGCAGCCUUGCCAGCAUUACCCAUCCUCAUCAGAAACUGGCAGCGGCAGCCACAGCUCAGGCAGGCGGCUCCAGCCCCAGGCUGGAUUUGCAGAAUCUGUCCUUCACCUCCAAGCCCAGCUUUCAGUUGGGAGACGGGGAAGUAGGGGCAGUGGCAGCGGUUCUUCUGGCUCUUUCUCUCUUUCUCUUUCUGUGUUCAAGUCACAUUACAUGGGAUUCUGUUCUUUUGGGACUUCGUCAUCUUUUCCAAUAUGUCCUGGGACCUCCGGAGCUGUAAUGGGGAUGCUAAGGACACGGUCAGUGGAUUAUCGUGACUGUACUAAUGAAAGGAUUCAAGCUAUCCUGCACUGCCAGUAACUCCAACCGCAGCACGCCGGCCUGCUCGCCCAUCCUCCGGAAGCGGUCUCGCUCGCCAACCCCGCAGAACCAGGACGGAGACACCAUGGUGGAGAAGGGCUCAGAUCACUCCUCAGACAAGUCCCCGUCCACACCGGAGCAGGGCGUGCAGCGCAGCUGCUCCUCCCAGUCCGGCCGGAGCGGCGGCAAAAAUUCCAAGUCUCACAAGCGCCUCUCAAAAAAAAGCCAGAGUUGGUAUAAUGUGUUAAGCCCCACCUACAAGCAGAGAAAUGAAGACUUCAGAAAGCUCUUUAAGCAGCUUCCAGACACGGAGCGCCUCAUUGUUGAUUACUCAUGUGCACUCCAAAGAGACAUUCUCCUUCAGGGCCGACUCUACCUCUCUGAAAAUUGGAUCUGCUUCUACAGCAACAUCUUCCGCUGGGAAACUCUGCUGACAGUCCGUUUGAAAGACAUCUGUUCCAUGACUAAAGAAAAAACAGCUCGCCUCAUUCCCAAUGCCAUCCAAGUUUGCACUGAUUCAGAAAAGCACUUCUUCACUUCAUUUGGGGCCCGGGAUAGGACGUAUAUGAUGAUGUUCCGGCUCUGGCAGAAUGCCCUCCUUGAAAAGCCUCUGUGUCCCAAGGAGCUCUGGCACUUUGUUCACCAGUGCUAUGGGAACGAGUUGGGCCUGACCAGUGAUGAUGAGGACUACGUGCCCCCUGAUGAUGACUUCAACACAAUGGGAUACUGUGAAGAGAUCCCUGUGGAAGAGAAUGAAGUGAAUGACAGCUCAUCCAAGAGCAGCAUAGAGACCAAGCCAGAUGCCAGUCCACAGCUGCCCAAGAAAUCCAUCACCAACAGCACGCUGACAUCCACAGGGAGCAGUGAGGCCCCUGUCUCGUUUGAUGGGCUGCCCCUGGAGGAGGAGGCACUGGAGGGAGACGGGUCCCUGGAGAAGGAGCUUGCCAUCGACAACAUCAUGGGGGAGAAGAUUGAAAUGAUCGCCCCCGUGAACUCGCCUUCACUGGACUUCAAUGACAAUGAGGACAUCCCCACUGAGCUCAGUGACUCUUCUGACACACACGAUGAAGGGGAGGUCCAGGCCUUCUAUGAGGACCUGAGUGGCCGGCAGUACGUGAAUGAAGUCUUCAACUUCAGCGUGGACAAGCUCUACGACCUCCUGUUCACCAACUCGCCCUUCCAGCGGGACUUCAUGGAACAGCGGCGCUUCUCUGAUAUCAUCUUCCAUCCAUGGAAAAAGGAGGAGAAUGGAAACCAGAGCCGAGUGAUUCUUUACACCAUCACCCUUACCAACCCUCUGGCUCCCAAAACUGCCACUGUCAGGGAGACACAGACCAUGUACAAGGCGAGCCAGGAGAGUGAAUGUUACGUGAUAGAUGCCGAAGUCCUCACCCACGACGUGCCCUACCACGACUACUUCUACACAAUCAAUCGCUACACCCUCACCCGCGUGGCUCGGAACAAGAGCCGACUCAGGGUCUCCACAGAGCUGCGCUAUCGAAAACAGCCCUGGGGGUUAGUGAAAACCUUCAUCGAGAAGAACUUCUGGAGUGGGCUGGAGGACUACUUCCGCCAUUUAGAGAGUGAGCUGGCCAAAACGGAGAGCACUUAUUUGGCUGAGAUGCACAGACAGUCCCCCAAAGAGAAGGCCAGCAAGACUACGACGGUGCGGAGGAGGAAGCGUCCCCAUGCCCACUUGCGAGUCCCUCACCUAGAAGAGGUGAUGAGCCCAGUCACCACACCCACGGAUGAGGAUGUGGGCCACAGGAUCAAACAUGUGGCAGGUUCCACGCAGACGCGGCAUAUCCCUGAGGACACUCCCAACGGUUUCCACCUGCAGAGCGUGUCCAAGCUGCUUCUGGUUAUCAGCUGUGUGAUCUGUUUCAGUCUGGUGCUGCUGGUCAUCCUUAACAUGAUGCUCUUCUACAAACUCUGGAUGUUGGAAUACACCACGCAGACCCUCACUGCCUGGCAGGGUCUCAGGCUCCAAGAAAGGUUACCCCAGUCUCAGACAGAAUGGGCCCAGCUCUUAGAGUCCCAACAAAAGUACCACGAUACUGAGCUCCAAAAAUGGAGGGAGAUCAUCAAAUCCUCAGUGAUGCUCCUUGACCAGGCCUGGGGUGGGGAUUUCUAUCUUGCAGAUGAAGGACUCGCUCAUCAACCUUCAGAACGGCAUCAGGUCCCGGGACUACACGUCGGAAAGUGAAGAAAAGAGGAAUCGCUAUCAUUGACAAGGCAGGAACAGGGUGACUGCAAGAGGCCUGUGCAAUACAUGUACAUAGACCAUAUAAAUAUAUAUAUAUAAAUAUAUAUAUACAGAAUAUAAAUAUAUAUAUUAUAUACAGAUUUUAAAAAAGAGAUAAUGCCUAUGUACCAGGGAGAAGGAGCGGGACCUCCCGCCCCCUGUGCUGGCCGGAGCAGCGUUUUCCUAUGGUGGAGCGGCUGAGGAGGGCAGGAACCGCCUCUCAGCACCAACCUCCCCUGAUCUCCCUCCUCCCACCCUCUGUUCCCCACCCCUUCCCUUGCUGACCAUUCUUGGCUCUUAGAAAGGAAAUGUUGUUGAGCCAAAAUUAUGCCCGUGAAGACCCUAGGGUCUCAAAAAGAAGUCUCAAGUGGGCAUUGCUUAAGGUGCUUCAUUCCCUAAUCCCCUUUUGAUUUGUUUCCAAAAUAAAAGAGAAUCUUUUCUUCCCUACCCCAGGCUUCCCCAGGCGUUCUCUUGGGAACACAGAAGCAUCAAGGGAGCCCAAUCUAAACUCAUAGGGCUGGCUACCCACUUGAUCUAGACUGUACUGAGCGUCAGGUGGAGAGGAUGCUUGGAAAGCUAGGAAGGCUGCAUUGUGGGGUGGCAGGCUCCCGAGACUUGUGUUCUGAAGGAUGCUCUCCUCCAUCACCCCUGCACCUUCCUCCGACCUGUGUAGGGUGUGGACCCACUAAGGGCUGGGAAUUUCUUACCCCACCCGCUUUCUCUCUGGUCUUCUCCCAGGCUGGAUCUGGGCAAAGUGUCACUUUUUAGUGCCUAAAUUCCUAUUGUUUCUUUGUGCCCUAAGAGCACAUUGUUUAUUAGCCAGGGUGGAGCAUUUUCGACCUUGUUAAACCUCUUUUAGUGCAAGUCAGGUCUAUGGCUCUGCGGCCUUUGCUUGGAGCUGUCAGUGUGAUUUCCAGGAUGAGUCAGGGUGUGCUGGGCCCUCCAGGAUUUGAGAAAGGGAGAGAAAGCCCUCACCACAUCCAGGGUGCAGGGUCUACCCACAGAACACUGUGAGUGGUGAGCGCCAAGAUGGGUAGCCAGCAUCAUUUGUUCUUGGAACAAACCAGCAUUAGCCAAUGGAGACAAUUGUCUGAGACAGUUUGCAUGUGGAAAAAGCAUCUAAGCCAUUGGAAGGACUUGGCAAAGGUGCAUGUCUUUGGGCAGGAAAAGGGCAAGUGAAAUCUAUGUCCCCAGGGAGCCAAACAUUCCAAAUCCUGAGUUUCUCAGACUUGGGAAUGGGGAUUCUGGCAGGGGAUGGAGUACAAAUCCUGCUCUGGUCUCUGGCCCCAGAGAGGUGUAAGAUCAUUAAGGAGUAGAAGACACUAGCUCUAAAAAGGGAGACAUUCAGGGCCUUUUCAGCGUUGGCCCAGUAGCACCAUGCAUUUAUCUGAAUUCACAGGGCCCUUUGGGCACAUUCACCAUCCCUCAUACACUAAAUACUAUUUCUUCAUAUCAUGACCGAAAGAGUCCCAGCAGCUCCAGGCAGAGCUUGUGGAGAUGCAUGAAACAGUCACAGCCAGUUUGGCAUGCAGAGCUCUUCAGGCUUGCUUGAUCUUCUCCUGGGCUUCUUGAUGCAGGUACAGAAGGAACCCCAGAUGUCCUAGACGUCCUAGGACAUCAGCCCAAAGGACAAAGGAUUUUAUCACUCAUUUACCCCCAAAGAUAAAGUUGUAUUUUUCUCUUAGAAUGGCCUUUGACUCCCUGUGGCAGUUACAGUUUUUGACUUUUCCAUGUGAGAAUAAGGCCUUGAUAUUUCCCUAAGGGCAGGAUCAGAAAACAGGAAGGUCCAAGCCCAGAUCAUCCUCCAAGGGAGGAGGAUGAGGAGCCUCCAGGUCAUCCGCUAGAGUAGAUAUUCCUCCCCUAGAGGAGGAGAUGGGAGGAAAUGCAGUUUCAUGUAAUACCUGUGAAGAGUGCAUAUGCCCACCAGCCAGUGGGUCCUUGUUCCGUUCUUGUCCAGGACCUCUGGCGAGGGACACGGGAAGGGAUCAAGGGUCAUGGGCCCUGAGCCAAAGAAGGAGGCAUGGUACAGAUUGCCGAAAGUCUCCCCCUGGGCACAGCCAGAAGCCAAAACUAUUCCCAGGAACAUUUUGAAUGCAAAAAUUGUAAUUUUUUGAAUUUCUUUCAUACAUAAUUGUUUACUGAAGAUAUUUAAUUAUUAAAGGUGCCGUGGUGGGACCUUCAGGAUGACUUAAAAAAGGUUCUUUGCUGGGAGUCGAGUGACAGUGCAGACGUGGCCGCAGGGAGUUGUUUUGCGUCUGCUUUACCUCUCAGGACCAUUCUUAGGAGGAGGAGGUGGCAGGGAAGGCAGCACUGAGUGUGUCAGAAGAACCCUCCUGGUUUUUUAGUGAUUUGAACCCAGUAGAUGAUGUGUGCCUAUAGGGAAUGUCCUUUAAGAAUCACGGAUUUCUUGUGGGCUCUCUCUGUUCUAAUAAUUUUUUGACUAUCACACCAGGAGAAAACCAACAACUCUAUUUGUUCCCAAACAAAAUCUCUUUCCCCUUAGUAACUUGUGAAAGAGAUGUUAACUCACCCUUGCAGAUAAGUGAAACAAAUAAAUAGCAUUGUAUUCCUGGCCAGUAGCCUGGCAAGUUGGUGUCUGCAAGAGAGCAUCAAAAUCACUACUUCUUAUGUAAUUUCUUCUAGCCAGUGCUUUUUUGUUUGGUUUUUGUUUACUGGGGACACACAGGAGUCUUUCUGUAAUGAUUUAAGUGGUAAAAUGUUAGAGUUUGCACUCAAUUUUAAAGAAUUUGCAGUUUUGAACCAGGUGAAGAACAGCUAUAGGAUGUAAAGUUUCAUUACAGCUUACUGUGAAAGAAUUGACAAGCCUGGCCAUCCACCUCUCUGGAGACAAGAGGAUUACAUCUCAGGCCAGCAAGAUCAACUGCAUGAAACUCUGUAUAAGAGCACUGCACUGACAGUUGGGAAACCUGGGCCUGGGUUCUGACUCUUUCAUUGACAAAUCUCUGUGGCCUUGGGCAAGUCAGUCCCCCUCUUUGAGCUUCGGUAUCCUCCUGUCACAGGAAGGAGUUGGGCUAGAUCACCUUUAAGGUAGGUUCUAGCUUUGACAUCAUCUUGGGGGGUAGGCCAGAGGCUGGGAAGGCUGGGUGGACUUUGUCAGUUGCUCUGCUAGGAGGGAACAAGCCCAGAGGCUGAAGCUUCCCAGUAUUUAGAGGCGUGGUGUAGCAGUGUCUGCGUUAAAGUUUAUUCUUUAAGUGGCUAGGAGGGCUGGGGAGGCCCAGUGGUGCAGAGAGAGAGAGAGAGAGAUCAAGCUUGAUGUAUUGCUCAGUAUUCACCUAGAAGGGCGUCUUCCUUCUUUGGCCUAGUUUGCGAAGGGAUCUUCCUUUGGACUCUCUUGGGAGAACAUUCUUUCCGAUGGAACCCAUCUUCUGUCUCUAGGCUCUGUGAAGCCUUUCACCUAUCUAUCCUUCAUCCCUAUUGGUAGAAGAAACAGUGGAGACAAGCUAUUUCUGGUUGUAGCCCUUCUCUUUUGUCUAGAUGGGGUUUGGAUUCAGUAUGAAGCUUUGGCUAAAACCGUUGGGUUGCCUUAGAGCACUGACACUAAGAACCUGGAAUGACAUGGGGAGGACCAAGAGAGCUGGAGAGGAAUGCUUUGUGAGAAGUGGAUUCUCUCUGUGUCCCUGCCCCCCACCCAAACUUGAACUCUACCUAUUACAGUUCCAGGAUGAGGUCCUGGAGAAAGGACUAGGGGAAGUAUCUUUCUGGAUGCUUGUCGUCCCAGAAGGGUACUUUCUGUGCCAUACCAUGCCACUUCUUUAAGCUCUGCAGGGCAGCCAAAGCCAGCCCUUCUCUCCUACUGCCCUCAGGAGAAAUAGCACUCUUCUCCCUUCCCCCACAUGGCAGGGCUCUGCUCUCCCUACACCUCAUACCCUGCCUGCCUUCUCCAGGAGAAAUCUCCAGGGACCCUUCCUGACUCUCCCCAUCCUCACCACUUGUCUCUAGGCUAUGGGACAAUCAUCCCAUUCACUGCUUGACAUCUUUGACUUUUAUUCCCCCAACCUCCAACAUGUUGGCCCCAAUCCCCUCCACCUCUGUGUUUUCUUCCAGAAGAUGCAUUUUGGGUCUGAGAGGAGCAUUUUCUUGGAAGGCCAUCUUUUAAGGUCCCUGCUUGCUUCCAUGGUGCAGAGCAGGGAUUUGCACACGGUUUUGAGAGCUCACUUCCCACCUCUCUGCCCAGCCUUGUUACCUCACUUCUGCUCUGGUCAUGGCUGUGAAGGGCCCAGCCAGCUCCCUGUUUUGAUGUUCUGUGCGACAGCUCCAGGGUCUUGUGACUUGAGAUCCUCAGCAGGCCUCGUGGCCCAGACUGGAGUCUUGGCUGCUGAUGAGCAGCACCUUGCCUACCGAGAGGAGCUGAUGCUGGACGAUCUCCCCAACUUCUGAAGGCUUAAAGAACAUUGUCAUUUUUCAGCCCUCCUUGCUUCUCUCAGUACAAUAAGACAUUGCAGAAGCAAAAUGGUGGCCUCUGCUCCAGGCAAGGCAGCUGGCUCUGUCUGGGGCAUCGGCCUGGGGCUUGGGUGCCAUGUGCUGAGAUUGCAUAGUCAAAGCAGCCAUUUUUGCCAACAAUCGCUUGUGGCUCUCCACAUUUUCCUCCCCUGCACUCAAGGGCCAGACUACUCUCUGCAUGGACCAGACCAUCUUCCCAAACCCAUGGUGCUUUUUCCCCAAACUCAACCUAGACUCCAAGGUGGGGAGGGAUGGGUCAGAGGCCAUAGUGGCCCCUGGAUAAUCCUGACAUGGGGUGGAGUGGGGUGAGGCAGAGGGCGCAGCCCCAGCACCUGCACUGGGCCGUCUAUGGGAAAGAACGCAGGUCAACUGCAGUUGAGUUGUCUGCCCAUGUGUAUUUGGAUCUAUAACUGUACUUUGCCUGGCGCUGUGCGCAAGGUUGGAACACUUACUGCUAGUACCUAGAAACACACAAGGCUGCCCAGCCAAAUCUUAAUGUAAAGUAGCUAGAGCCAUGGAAGUACAGUAUGAAUUAAAAAGAAAAAGUAUUGAACUACAAAAA